AUGGCGUUAGCUCAACAAAACAACUGGCAUGUUUUACUUGACGCUGGAGCUUUGGGUCCGAAAGAUAUGGAUUCUCUAGGGUUAUCACUAUUUCGACCCGAUUUCAUCAUCACUUCUUUUUACAGAGUUUUUGGGUACGACCCGACUGGAUUCGGGUGUCUUCUCAUCAAGAAAUCAGUCAUCGGAAGUCUUCAAAAUCCGGCGGGACACGCCGGAUCUGGGAUAGUCAAGAUCAGUCCGGUGUUUCCUUUAUAUUUGAGCGACUCCAUUGAUAUAACUCCAGGGUUGUCUGGUAUCAUCGGAGAAGAUGAAGUCGCCGGAAAAAGUGAAUGCAUACCUGAAACUCACGCCGGAGCUCUCCUACCUGCUUUUUCCGGCGCGUACACUCCUUCUCAGGUUAGAGACGUAUUUGAAACUGAAAUGGAUCUGGAUCCGGAUCAUGAUCAUGAUCAUGAACAUGAACAUGGUAAUAGCCCUAUUUUUGAAAGCUUUUCUGUUGGUGAAGUUAUGAAAAGCCCUAUUUUUAGUGAAGAUGAAUCAUCUGAAAAUUCAAUGUGGAUUGAUUUGGGCCAAAGCCCAUUGGGCUCACAAUCUGAAAUCAUCAACUCCCCUUUACCUCCUCCUGUUCUAUCGUUCGAUGCAGCAGUUCAUAACGUGAAAAAAACCGACAAUUUUCAAGAAAAAAUUCACGAAAAUGGAAGAAAACCCGAUUGUGGGGAGAUUCAAGAAGAACCCGAAACAAAAAAACCCAAAGAAAGCGCAAUCAUAACAAGAGAAACAGAAAACGAAUUCCGAUUAUUAGGAAGAUUCGAAACGAGUAAAAGGGUAUCAUUUGGAUUCGAAGACAACAACAAUGAAUUGAGUAAAGAUUUUGAAGAAUAUUUUGAAGAUCAAGAAUCAGAAAGAAGAGAACCCGAAAUAAGUUGUAGGCAUCUUGAUCAUGUAAACAUGUCGGGUUUAAACAAGACGACUUUUAGGCUUCGGUUUUUGGUGAAUUGGCUCGUGACUUCUUUACUUCAAUUGAGAUUGAGAUUGAGAUUAUCAUCAAAUGGGGAAAAAGAGAAGGAUAAAGGUGAUUCUGUUCCACUUGUUCAUAUUUAUGGUCCUAAAAUUAAGUAUGAAAGAGGUGGAUCAGUGGCAUUUAAUGUUAGGGACAGAAAUGGAGGAUUAAUUAGUCCAGAAAUUGUUCAAAAGUUAGCGGAAUCAAAUGGGAUUUCUCUUGGGAUUGGGAUUCUUUGUCAUGCGAGGGUUAUUCAAAGCAAUAAACAGAAUCUUGCAAUUGAUACGAGUGUUUGUAAGCCGAUGAAUGAUGGUGGUGGCGGCGGCAGUGGUGGUGGUGGUGGUGGGUUUGUUAGGGCGGAGGUGGUGACUGCUUCACUUGGGUUUUUGACGAAUUUUGAAGAUGUGUAUAAAUUGUGGGUGUUUGUGGCGAAGUUUCUUGAUCCAUGUUUUGUUGGAGAAUAUGAAGGUGGAGGAAAGGAAAUUGGGUGA